GGGCGGGCUGAUACUUGCACCUAUUUUUUAAUUCCCCGCCACCCUACUUUUUUUUUUCCCUCGGGGAGCAGCGGUGGUUAAAGAUCCCGUGGGACCGGGAAGGGGCCGCCUCUCCCUCUGCCCGGCCCAGCAUGGACAAAGUGUGUGCAGUGUUUGGUGGCUCCCGGGGCAUCGGCAGGGCAGUGGCCCACCUAAUGGCCCAGAAAGGCUAUCGACUGGCCAUCGUCGCCAGAAAUCUGGAAGUGGCCAGGGCCACCGCCGCCGAGCUCGGCGGACAGCAUUUGGCAUUUAGCUGUGAUGUUGCCAAAGAACAUGAUGUUCAAAAUACAUUUGAAGACAUCGAGAAACAUUUGGGUCCAGUUAAUUUCUUGGUCAAUGCAGCUGGAAUUAACAGGGACAGCCUUUUAGUACGAACAAAAACUGAAGAUAUGAUAUCUCAGCUUCAUACCAAUCUCUUGGGUUCCAUGCUGACUUGUAAAGUUGCCACGAAGACUAUGAUUCAAAAACAGGGAGGGUCAAUUGUUAAUAUAGGAAGUAUAAUUGGUUUAAAGGGCAAUGCUGGCCAGACUGCGUACAGUGCCAGUAAAGGAGGAUUAGUUGGAUUUUCACGUGCUCUUGCUAAAGAAGUAGCAAGGAAGAAAAUAAGAGUAAACGUAGUUGCACCAGGAUUUGUUCACACAGAUAUGACGAAAGACUUGAAAGAAGAACAGUUGAAGAAAAAUAUCCCUCUCGGGAGGUUUGGAGAACCUAUGGAUGUGGCCCAUGCUGUCGUGUUUCUUUUAGAAUCACCCUAUAUCACAGGUCACGUCCUAGUAGUUGAUGGGGGAUUACAACUCGUGAUAUAACUUAUAAGUUAUACAGUGGCACACUUUGGCUAUUGGUUAGUCAUCCCACCCUACAUAGGUGACAUGUGCUAAUCAAGCCUGUUGAUUCCACGUAUACUGAUUCUAUCUUCAUAUGAAUAAUCUGGAGAAAGCAUAGAUGACCUGUGAUGGUUUCUAAAUGGCAUGUAGUUUAGAGGCCUUGGCAAUUUUAGCAUAUAGAUUUUUCAUAAGGAAUCUAAACAGGUGCUAGGGGCCUGAGAGAUAGUACAGCAAACAGGGCACUUGCCUUGUAUGUGCCGAACUGGGUGUAAUCCUCUGCACUCCAAAUGGUCCCUUUACCACUACCAGGAGAUACCUGAGUGCAAAGCCACGAGUAAAGCCCCAAGUACUAUUGGGUGU